AUGGGCUCAGUCUCAGGAAAUCCAAGUCAAGGAGUUUCAAUCCCCCGAGAUGAGCCCUGCUGUCCAGGGAAGCAGAAAUCUCUGAGCCCAGGCCCAGGCUCACCUGGGCCCAGCACUGACUCACCAGAGUGUGUUUCUCCUUUUCCAGGGUCCUGGGCUCAGUCUGCCCCAAUUCAGUCUCCCUCUGUGUCCGGGUCUCUUGGACAGUCGGUCACCAUCUCCUGCACUGGAACCAGCAGUGACAUUGGGCGUUAUAACUAUGUCUCCUGGUACCGACAGCAGCCAGGCACGACCACCAAACUCACGAUGUACAAUGUCAAUACGCGGCCCUCAGGGGUCUCUGAUCGCUUCUCUGGCUCCAAGUCUGGCAACACGGCCUCCCUGACCAUCUCUGGACUCCAGGCUGAGGAUGAGGCUGAUUAUUACUGUAGCUCAUAUGAGACCAGCGACACUUUCCACAGCGGUCCAAGUUCACAGAGAACUGAGACCAAAACCUGCCCUGGGCUCUCAGACUUCCUCCUUUCUCUGAAGAUGCUUCCUCACCCUGUGCAAGGGGCUUCCUGCAACACGUCCUUGAGAAUUCUUCUCUCUCAGCUCCUCUCCUUUCCCACCAUGAAAUCCAAAAGGAAACCUGCUCUGUGGUUUCUCAUCCAGGACAGGGACAGCUUCCUUUUGCUUUAG